UCCUGGUCAAGUGACUACUCUUACUUUAUUUUCACUGAAUGCUGAAUGUGAUGAGCGUCAUCAUCAUCAUCAGAACGAUAAUCUUCCUCAUACCAUGACGCCUACCCCACACCAUAUCCGACUCCUCCCCGCCCAGAGCCUGUUGUAAAGAUGGCGUCCAUCAUGGAGGGGCCGCUCAGCAAGUGGACCAACGUCAUGAAAGGCUGGCAGUAUCGCUGGUUUGUUCUGGACUACAAUGCCGGCCUGCUGUCGUACUACACGUCAAAAGACAAGAUGAUGCGAGGAUCCAGAAGAGGCUGCGUACGACUCAGGGGAGCUGUGAUCGGCAUCGAUGACGAGGACGACAGCACAUUCACCAUCACUGUGGACCAGAAGACUUUCCAUUUCCAAGCCCGAGAUGCAGACGAGCGGGAGAAGUGGAUCCACGCCUUAGAGGGAACUAUCCUCCGGCACACCCUCCAACUCCGGGAGGCUGAGACGGGAUUUGUUCCUAGUGUUCAAGACUUUGACAAGAAGCUAGCUGAAGCUGACGCCUACCUACAGAUUCUGAUUGAUCAGUUAAAGCUGUUUGAUGAGAAGAUCAAGGACUGCAAAGAGGAUGAAUCACGCAGAAAAAUUGAACAUUUGAAGGAGACUACUUGUAGUAUGGUAGAGUCCAUCAAGCACUGUAUUGUACUGCUGCAGAUUGCCAAGGACCAAAGUAACGAACAGCAACACGCAAACGGACCUAUAAGCACCAUCAACCCAGUGGAUGGGAUCUACCAGCCCCCUCUGGACACUCCAGCGGUGAACACAAUGCCAACACAGACAACACUACCCCCAGACGCGUCUCAGGUGUGCAAAUCAGACCAACGACCCUCCACGUUACCUGUUGGUCCCGUCGUCACAGUGAUGGGCAGUCUGCAGACCCCGACUCCCAACAGCACAGGGAGUGGCCCGUCAGGCCCCAGCAGCGGUGUCGCCUCCCCGGCUCACAUCCCCCUCCCCUCACACUCGGUGCCAGACUUCUCCUACUCCUCCAGUGAGGACGAAUUCUAUGACGCCGAUGAGUUUUACCAGAGCAACACUUCCCCCAAACACUGCAUAGAUCCCUCAGGGCCUCCAGCUGCCUCGCCCCUUACUAACGAAGAAACUGCUCUGAAACGACCCAACACUACAGAGUCCCUCAACUCUUCGAUGUCCAAUGGCACCACAGACACGGACCAGUUUGACUGUCACGAUGACCGUGACGACGACGGUGAAAGGGAGUCUGUGGAAGAGCACAAGAGCGUCAUCAUGCAUUUGCUGUCUCAAGUUCGACUGGGCAUGGACCUCACAAAGGUGGUCCUGCCUACCUUCAUCCUAGAAAGAAGGUCUUUGUUAGAAAUGUAUGCAGAUUUCUUUGCUCACCCCGACUUAUUUGUAAGUAUCGCUGAGCAGCCAGAGCCCAGGGAGCGGAUGGUGCAGGUGGUGAGGUGGUACCUGUCGGCUUUCCAUGCCGGAAGGAAAGGCUCAGUGGCCAAGAAACCGUACAACCCAAUCCUAGGAGAAGUCUUCUACUGCCACUGGGAUCUUCCCAGCGAGACAGAGGAGCCUUCGCCACCUACGGAGACGGUAUCAGAAGGCCCGGUUCCCUGGGCUUCAUCCAACAGCGUGUCUUUUGUGGCAGAGCAGGUCUCUCACCACCCGCCCAUUUCUGCGUUCUACGCCGAGUGCUUAAGUAGGAAGAUCCAGUUCAACGCUCACAUCUGGACUAAAUCUAAGUUUCUGGGCAUGUCCAUAGGCGUCCACAACAUCGGCCAAGGCUGCGUGUCAUGUUUGGAGCACGAUGAGCAUUACAUUCUUACCUUUCCUAACGGAUAUGGCAGGUCGAUCCUCACUGUGCCGUGGGUGGAGCUUGGUGGAGAGUGCAACAUCUCCUGCUCCAAGUCGGGCUACAGCGCUAACAUCGUGUUCCACACCAAACCCUUCUAUGGUGGAAAGAAGCACAGAAUCACUGCAGAGAUCUUUUCACCAAACGACAAGAAGUCUUUCUGCUCCAUUGAGGGAGAGUGGAACGGAGUCAUGUAUGCUAAAUGGGCGACUGGAGAGAACACGGUGUUCAUAGACACUAAGAAGAUGGGCAUCGUUAAGAAGAGAGUGAGGAAGCUGGAAGACCAGCUCGAGUACGAGUCUCGAAGACUGUGGAAGGAUGUGACUCUGAACCUGAAGAUAAAAGACAUCGAUGCAGCGACAGAAGCCAAGCACCGGUUGGAGGAGAAACAGAGAGCUGAAGCCAGAGAGAGGAAGGAGAAGGAGCAGCAGUGGGAGACCAGGCUAUUCCACGAGGACGGCGAGUGCUGGGUCUACGACGAGCCGCUAUUAAAGAGAUUAGCCUCCCAGAGGCACUGAGAAGAGCGCGCCGCACUCGGAUGCAUCAAGAAUGCACACACAACAGAGUCUUCAUAAGAACUCUUUUGCAGAAACCACUUGUUAUUCAAGCCUUGGAAUGACUGAUGAUUGAAUCUCUACACUGCUUUGCAUUUGACUGUAAAACAAUAUGGAAAUGAAUGAAAAGCAUCAAAGAUGUAACAUGAAUAUUAGUAAAGCUCCUCUCCUUAUUUGGUCAGUCUCUCAUCCACUGAUACCCGCCACCUGCCAACAUGAGACUCAGCAGCACAGAUUGGAGAGGUCACGUGCCUCCCGCUCAUCCACACCCUUCAGCAGCUCCACAGGAUGAGCCAGAGCAACACUCCUUUCCUACAUCUAUAGUUUUUUGCUGGGGGGGGUGGGGGUCUGUGGUCAAUGGUGUUUGGCUCAAGUAAUAGCACGAGAAAUAAAACGGCGCUCUACAUCUCAGGGAAUCUGGUGACUGAGGAAAGAAAGCUGGUGCCCCCACCCAGAGUCUGACAGCCUUAUAACGGUGGAACGGAUGAAUCUUAAAGGGGCGGGAGAGGAAAAUCUCUGCUUGCCUGCAACUAGUUAGAACUGUUUAUAUAUAGAUAUACAUAUGAUGGAUAUAUAAAUAUAUAUUCUUUUUUUAUUUCUAAUGCUCUUAUUGUUUAUUUUUCUUUGCGGCAAUAGUGUAAAAACAUAUUUGAGGAUCUGAAUCUGAACCUUUACAUCCUUAGGAGUCAUUCCAUUUAGCCUUUUAAUGUUUCGUUCCCAUUUCAGAGUUACCUUUGCCACCCAUUUGGAUCACUCUCGCUGUUCUGUGUCUCGAGUAUUAUCCAGAAACGAAGCCCUGCAGAAAGCCAUAGCAUCUAAACGCUGAUUUCGGGAGUUGUGGCUGAUUUCAAAUAUGCAAUACUGAUAGAAAAAACAAAGUUUGCCUGUGGGAGGACAAAUUCUGUCCAUUAUGCCAAAAAAAAGGUUUAGAGAAAAGGCUGAAGGGACUUUUGUCUGGACAGAGACCAAAACAGUCUUCUGAGAAGGUUUUGAAGGCAUUUAUGAACAAAUGAUUGUUUACAUACUUUUGUCUUUCUGGACAGCAGGUCCAUGAAGAGGACGUAAAGCUCGAACUGAGUCUGUAAAGUCUGGUUUUGUUCUCGUUUUCCCUUCAGAUCAGAGUGGGGCGCCUCGUUAUUCGCUUGCACGUUGUCGGAGUGCGAAGAGCGAAAACGUGAGACGGCCUUUAAAAAUACUGGUGCACUUUCAUAGUGCUGCUACAGUCCAGACAUUGUUCUGCUGGUUGAAUCUUCUGUUUUCCAAGUUUCAGAACCACAUAUUUAUCCUGCUGUACACCCCCAGCUUUGUUGAACCAUUGUUCUUUCUCUUAUUUGCAGCUGCAUCGGUUGGAUCUGAAUGCAAUGGUAGUUGGAUGAGAUGAAGAAAUAAAAAUAUAUUUAUCUUUGCCUGAAAAUGCGGUAGCAAGCUCACAACAGCCCCCCUGUUGACCCCCUUCUUUUUUCUUUUUCUUUUUAAUCUUUGUGAUUUGAUUAUUGUAUCUCCUAAAUAUUUGGCCAUUGUGUUCAGUGAGACCCUUUAAGCCAUAUAUUCAUGUAUCUGGUGAAGGGAUCUGCAGAGACGAGCAUAUAGUUGGUGCUGUAUGCAAAACCAGCGAAACGCUUGUUGAAUUGAAUUCAUCAGAAUCAGACAAAAAUGCCUUUUGAAAAUAAUCAACAUGAAGGAUUCUAAGAAAUUUCUUUGUAUUUUUUUCCCAUGUUUUGUGUUUGUGGAGGCCUCGCCAUUCAUUUCAGUUCUGCUCAGUAUUGCCUGAUAGAGAGCAAUCAAAACAAAUGUAUUUUUUAUUUCCUUCUCAUCAUAACCAUUGAUUGUAUCCAAUUCUCCUGUUUAUUGAUGCAAAAUAUUAAAUCUCCAUGAGUUUA